AUGGACAUCUCAACUCUCCAGGCAACCGCCAAUCGCAUCCUUCUAGACCCCCACUAUCACGCCCCCCUCUCCCUCCUCAAAGCCCUCCGCAACGGCCUAGUCUACGGCACAAAAGUCCGCUUCCCCCACGCCCUCGUAAUGAUCCUCUUAUUCCGCUCCGGUCCUUUGCCUCAAAAGCUUUCUUCUGUCCUAAAAGCUACACGCCAGCAUGCCAAGAAUCUUGCCACUUUUGCCUUCUUGUACAAGGCUUUUAUGCUGCUUCAAAAGAGUAUCAGACCGGGAGGGAAAGAGGUGAAGAGUGAUAGCUUUGUGGCGGGGUUGGCGGGUGGUUACUAUGUUUUUGGCAGAAGUAGGAGUAGUGUCAAUCAGCAGAUUGUCAUUUAUGUGGCUGCGAGGGUUGUGCUUGCUGCGGCGAGUCUGGCGGUGCAACCUCGUGGUGACAAUGAACUUCUGGGAGGACAGUAUGGAGGAAGAGGUGGUAUGGGGCUCUUGAGCAUGUCGGAUGUGAGCAGAGAGAAGGUGAGGAGGAAUGCUUGGCCGGUGUUUGCGAGUUUGAGUUGGGGUUGUGUGAUGUGGUUGUUCAGAUACUACCCGGACAUGUUGCAGCCGAGUUUGAGGAGUUCGAUGACUUAUCUGUACGACAACGCGGAUCACUGGGACUCAUUCAGGAACUUCUUGGUGCAUAACAAAUGA